ACGCAUUCCACCACACACCCAAUCCUCUCACCCUUUUUCGUUUUUUCCCUUUACCUUUUUUUUUUUACCCUUUCGUGAUUACUUCUCAUUCUUUUUUCUUUUUCUUUCCUUUUUGUCCAUAGACCGAUUCUGUGCCUCCCCCAACCUCCUGGUCCUCGCCUUUUGGGGGGUAGUAGUGUUCAAGGCUCAUUCCUUUUCGUCUUUCACUUGCCUCGAUUCGUCUGCUCUCUUUCCUUGUUUAACCUGGUCUAUAGAAAUAGACUGACCCUUCCUCUGUCGGGUCCUCGACGCGAAUCCCUUCUCGUCCUCCUCCUAACCGCUUCAAUUGAAGAGUGUUGUCACGUCUAGGUUUGUUCACGGUACCGUUAGGACGUGUUGGUGCUGUUGAAUAGACACACUUGCCAUAAUGGAGUCUUCUCCCCCAAGGAGCAGUUUCACUGCGUCCGUGGCAGGUGUGAAGCGUCCAGCGUCUCUGUUGCCCGCGUUUGAGCCAUUGAGCUCGUCGCCCUCUCUGCCUCGCCCCCAGAAGCGUGUAGCACGCGAGGACCAUGGCCUCGCCUCGAUGUACCCUACGCCGGUUCCGACCUCGUCCACCCAUAUUAUGUCCUCCUCUCCGCCUCGCAUGGCCCUGUCUCGAAACGCGUCACGACGAGCCGUCGUCUCAUCCAACUCGGAACGGUCUCCGCUGUCCGCUGUGCCAACAUUGAUGCUCUCGGAGAAUGGUGACCCCCUCCUGAUGGGUAGAUCGAGUGUCUCGUGCCAGCAUCAACUAGCCGCCAACCGUAUGAUUUCUCGGAUCCACGUCAAGGCCACGUAUAAACCGGCCCCGAACCCCUUCGACCGGGAUAGGGUAGAGAUACUGUGCAUGGGAUGGAAUGGGAUCAAGCUGCAUUGCCAGGGGAAAACCUAUGAUUUGGCCAAAGGAAAGACGUUCACGUCGGAUAUCAAAGAUGCCGAUAUCAUGAUUGAUGUUCAUGAUGCGCGGGUGUUGGUCCAAUGGCCUCGCGGGGAUAAGAAGGAUUAUGUCUCGACGGAGGAGGAAAGCACCCCGACACGCCACGGGCAAUCUCGUCGGAGUCUCCAGGAUAGUCCCGCUGUUGAGCGUCCGCGUUUGGCUUCUCCUGUGUCUCCGUCCCCCGCGUCCAAGUCCCUUGUCCCUCCCUCUUCGCCUCUGUUCACCCCAACCCGUUCUCGCAAUUCGGUGGUCGUGUACGAGGACGAGGCGUCCCCACUCCGUCGCAACACCUCUCGGAAUGUGCUGCCGUCUGAGGAUUUCCAGGACCCUGCCUCCGACGAAGCGGAUCUCUUGCAGAGUUCGCAGUCCAGUGACCUGAGUGAGCUGAGUAAGAAUGACGACUUCUCUGACCAUGACGAGGAGAACGACCCCAUUGUUCAUUCGUUUGGGCCGUUUGGAGAGAACCUCUUGCCACGCCUGGCAUCGUUUACUGCGGAAGACUCUCCGCUCCAGCCUACCCGUCCGCGCAACCAGCUUGCCGCCCAGCACGACCCGUCCACCAAGUCCCCGAAGCAGCCGUCGAAGCCAACUGAGGAGAUCCACCAGGCGCCUGCCAAGCUCGAUCUCUCUGACGAAAGCGUGGGACGAGUGCAGAACCACGCCGUCAACCAACUGGCCUUCUCCCGUCUCUCGUCGACUCCCUUCUCGACUAUUCUCAACAACCUUCCUCCUAGCUUUUGGAGGAAGGAAGGUGGCUCCAAGGAUGUGCCCACUAGGGACCAGGUUCUCGCCAUCAUCGAUACCACCAAGAGUAUUGGGAAGGUUGCCCGUGAAGGCAAGGAUGCUGCCGGGAAGCCUCUCGAAAGCGAGUACUACUACGUCGCUGAUUUCGACGACGACGAGAUGCGGCGCGAAGCUGUUGUGAAUGACCUUCGGAAGCCCGGACUCCGCAAUUGUAGAAAGCAGCAUAAGCAAUACUUCUGGCGUAAGCCGAAAUAGAUCUCGACCAGAUAUUGCGCAAGACAGAUGAUAGUACUUGUCUACCCACCUUCUGGUCGUGACGAUCGAACCAAAGGUGGUUACCGUUCUUAGUACAUAGUUGUGUUGCUUUUUUUUCUUGCUGUUUGUGACUUUCAUUGAUUAUUCGCAUAGCGUGGCGUGGGCAUACCCUGUUUUAUUUCAUGUUGCAGUAUGAAGGUGUAUGAUGAAUGGUGGUCCAGUUCGUGAUGAUUAUUUCAUCGACUUGUUACUAGGUUGGUCUAACUGUUUUGUUUGCCACCCAUGUGUGAUGUCUGCGGUGUUUCCCCAGGGUGUUUGCCUGGGCGAGUGUGUGUGUACCUCUUGUUGUCUCGCAUUUUGCCUCCAAUGGCCUGACCUCCAAGGGUCUUCUCCCUCGUGGCGGGCAUCGAUACUAUCCCCAUGUUUAUAUCGUUGUAUUUUCCCCCUUUGUGUUUGCCCAGUGGAUUUCUGGUAUCUGUAUUCCUCCAAUUUUGGAACGAUCGUGGGUUGUAUGUUAU